AGGAAACGGUGCCAUCUUGUUCCUGCCUGGUUUUUUUUUUUUUGAAAGGGGUCAGAGCUUCGGGAAAAAAGAAGGGGGACGGUGACCCAAAGAAGCACCUGAAAAAAACAUCCUGCAGAUUUCCUUCCCGGCCCGUGUGCUACUCACCUACCCGUGACGGAAAGUCGGAGGGGAAGGGCGAGGUCCGGCUGAGGAGGAGGAGGAGGAGGAGGAGGAGGCGGCGCUGGAGAUUUCCUCGGGGACUCGAUGUUACUGCUCCGUGCCGGCCUGCGGUCUGAAUCGGACUCUGAGCCUCCUCCCGGCCGCUGACAUCCUCCGCUUAAGAGGACAGAGGAGACAGCGGAGUGGUGUGGACAGUUCUCCAUUGUGAAGAUGUCGACCUCUUCACUUAGACGCCAGGUGAAGAACAUUGUCCACAACUACUCUGAGGCCGAGAUUAAGGUUCGUGAAGCAACCUCCAAUGAUCCAUGGGGCCCUUCGAGUUCACUGAUGUCGGAGAUUGCAGAUCUGACGUACAAUGUCGUGGCCUUCUCUGAGAUUAUGAGCAUGGUGUGGCGUCGACUGAACGAUCACGGAAAGAACUGGAGGCAUGUGUACAAGGCUAUGACUCUAAUGGAGUACUUGAUAAAGACUGGUUCAGAGCGCGUGGCCCAGCAGUGCCGAGAGAACAUUUACGCGGUGCAGACACUGAAGGAUUUUCAAUACAUCGAUCGAGAUGGCAAGGAUCAGGGUGUGAACGUCCGCGAGAAGGCCAAGCAGCUUGUGGCUCUGCUUAAGGAUGAGGAGCGUUUGAAAGAAGAGCGUGUGCACGCGCUGAAGACGAAAGAGAAAAUGGCUCAGACGGCAACAGCAUCCUCUACUCCUUCAGGAAUGAGUUCUUCUGGCCUGACUUCUUCAGGCAUGUCCGGGGGCGUGCCUACUGAGGCGGAACAGGCAUGGCCACAGAGCAGCGGCGAGGAAGAUCUUCAGCUACAGCUCGCUCUGGCUAUGAGUAAAGAGGAAGCAGAGCAGGUUCCUUCACAGUACGAUGGACCUACAACUUCCAGUGAAUCAAAUCGUAUUUGUGUUCGUGAACCCUCUAACAGCAGGAGUAACGAAAUGGAAAGAAAAACAGCACCAAAAAAAUUAGCCCCCCAAAACGAUGAGGAACUUCAGCUGCGACUGGCCCUCAGUCUGAGCCGAGAGGAGCACGUCAAGGAGGAGCGUUUGAGGCGAGGUGAUGACCUAAGACUGCAGAUGGCAAUCGAGGAGAGCAAGAGGGACAACACCAAAAGUGAAGAGUCGUCACUCAUGGACCUGGCAGAUGUGUUCACCCCAGCUACUUCAGUGGCAACAGCUGAUCCUUGGACUGGAGCCGUGACCUCCAAAUCGGGCCCUGCAGCUGCUGCAAAUGACCCAUGGGGAGGCCCCUCUGCACCUAGUGACCCAUGGGCCUCUGGCAGUCAGGCACAAGCACCAGCACCGACCACCAAAGCAGCAGCAGCAGGAGGAGGAGAUCCUUGGGCGAGUGCUCCAGUGCCCAGUGCUGACCCAUGGGCUGCGGGCACGGUGGCCCCUUCGGCUGUUCAGAGCACUAAAGCAACUUCUGACCCUUGGGGUGAGAGUGCACCUUCAGCAGACCCGUGGAAUGCAGCAGUGACCCCUCCCAGUUCUGACCCUUGGGGGUCCGCGUCAGUGCCUCCACCACAUGAUCCCUGGAGUUCUGAACAGAACAGUGAUCCUUGGGGAACUUCAGCACAGCACACCAAUGGCACAGGGGACUCCGAUUCAGGAGAUGCAGCUCCCCCACAAUCACGCUCUCCUGACUCGUUUGACUUUACAGCGGUUGGAGCCUCCCUUCCUUCCCGGAAGACCCCAGAAUCUUUCUUGGGUCCCAAUGCAGCACUAGUUGAUCUGGACUCUCUAGUCUCCCAGAAACCCAAAACGACAUCAGCAGGCACUUCAAAUCCCUUCCUUUCAGGUUCUUCUGGAGGUGGUUCUUCUGCUGGGGGCACUACCAUCGCAGCCAGAGGAGUAUCUCCAACGCCGCCACCGUCAGCCCCCGUAUCCAAUCCGUUUGGCUCAACUUCAGUCUCUCCCCAGCCGUCUGCCAUAAGCCUCGGCCCCAUGCGAACAAGUCCUGUUCCUCCUUCAAUGAUGAUGGGAGCCCAGCCUGCAGGUCCUCCUCACCUUGGCAUGGUCCAGCCUACUGUGCCAAUGGGCAUGCAGAUGCCACCUCAGAUGAGUUUGGGAAUGGUUCCCCCCAGCACGAUGGGUAUACCCUUUGGCACGGUUUCACCUAUGAGUGGUGCUGGAGGGCCCAUGUUAAUGGGGGCCCCUCAUUCACAAUCUCAUAUGAUGAUUGGCACCCCCGGGAUGGCCACUGUGGCAGCUGGAAAUGUCAAUUUGGCUUCAGCUGGGACCACUAAUCAGAACAGUAGCACUAAUCCUUUCUUGUUGUAAACUUGUUGCCAGAUUUAUUUGAUACACACUGUCCUGCUGCACCUUGUUUGUGUGUGAGUCUGUAGGGCCGACGAUCGAUCAACAGAUUUGACAUUUUUUCUUCCCAGGGCUUUGGAGCAGGGAAUGAAUUUUGCAAAGAGUUGGGGUUUUUGUAUUUGAUUUCUUUGCCCUUUCAGUGCAAGGCCAAACCCGAGAGGACUUUUACAAUAAGUGUCUGGCCAGCGUGUCCUCUGCUGGGGGAGCCUUAGCCAUCCAAUAUAGGAAAGGAAAGUAGCUGGGUGGGGGAAAACCCUUUACAUUUAAAAUUAAAAAUAAAAAGUUAAAUUCACAUGGCUGGCUGCAUGUGUGCCGCCCCCUUACGCCACUUUCAAAAAUAGAAGUGGAAUAAGGAAUUCCCAUCAAAUCCAUUUCUUCUUGGGUCCCCCGUUAACUUCAGAUGGAUGCUGUGAUUCAUACGCGGACACAAACGGCAUGCACACGUGCAGUAGGCCAUUGUGUAUCCCUUGACCAUCUCAGAAAUGUUAGACCCCAAAGUACAUUUUUGGGGAAGUUUUUGAUGGUUUGGGGUUGGGCGGGGAGGGUGUGGGAAGGGCGGUGAAGUGAUGGUAGCUGAGAUGGCAUUGGGGUAGAGGGCAGAAGUAAUUCUAACAUGUCUAAUUUGCCAGUUGUAUUUCUUAAUCGCCCCUCUAGGACUGUACUAACCUGGGUAUUGGGGGGGUUGGGGCAGGGUGGGUCACAAUCAAUUUGGAGGCCUUCUCCCAGUUGUGGUAACAACCUCCAAGUUCCUAAGGCUGCCUGCCCAAACCUUGAACGGCGUUCUGCUUACCCGUUUUGUAGUGAUGCUCCAAUUCCAAUGUUUGUCCAGGGAGUGGACUUCAUUUCUUGCCUUGUAGUGCUUUGUCCGUUUUGUUCCCUCUGUGCAUUUUCACAUUCCACGUUCCAUGUUUCACACACAAAGUACUGGCUUGUUUUCGUAGAGCAUAUAGGCCACCCUAUCAGCCUUAAUGGUGCGUUUCUGCACAGCGUCGGUCAUGGAUUUUGCCAGCUGAUUUUCUCAAGGCUUUUUAGCCUGUUGCAGAGUGUAGUUUACCUUUAC